CGUCGUCUCUGCGUCGUGACGUGUGCGUCAUUUCCAUGACAACCGCCGAGGCUUCGAGCGACAACAAGGACAGUGAAACAUGGACGACGACCCUAGCGCGGAAGAGACGGCGUUCGUUGUGGAUGAAGUGAGCAGCAUCGUGAAGGAGUCUCUGGAGGCAGUGAUCGGCAGACACCCGUAUGAACACAAGCGUGUGACCCAGUGGGUGUCCAGUGUGGAGGAGCAGUGCCUCGGUCAGCUCAGCAAACUCAACAAACCCUUCAAAUACAUCGUCACGUGUAUUAUAAUGCAGAAAAACGGUGCAGGACUGCAGUCGGCUUCGUCAUGUUUCUGGGACAAUACUACAGAUGGCAGCUGCACGGUCCGAUGGGAAAACAAACACUUGUACUGCAUCGUCAGUGUGUUCGGACUCGCCAUCUAGAGUCACAUCACACACAACCUUCAGUGUUCCUGCAUUAAACUCUCUGUACAAUAAAAGCUCAUGAAUACACCUCUUAAAAAUGUCUGAAGAGUUUAUUGCACAUUCGCUCAGACGUCACAGCAGUGAAGGAAAGGCACAGCGAUCCGUCCUCACACAGUGUCAUAAAGCACAGCGUCACAUCACACUCAAUCAGACAUCAACCUGCUGCGUUAAACACAAUCAACACAACUGUGUACAUCACAGACACUUCUGUCCUCCACGGGACCCUGGGAGUGAUUCAGACCCACACAUAAUCCUCAGAAAUACACAAAAACAUGUACAGGCACAUUAAAACAGGAAUGUGAGGAAAGAAGGCUUUUGAAAUGAUAAACUACCACAUCCAGUGAAGGCAAAGAAACACGAGGCUCCAGAUACUCAUCCACACACACACACGCACGCACGAAAUCUCCAGAAACCGCUGAAACCAGCCAGAAAUCAAUAGAAAUAUAUGCACAUCAGCAGCUUCCUCUAAUGUCAUUAAUAAGAGAAAAAACUGGCGCCAAUCACAGAAACACUGGCUAGAAAUUCACCAUACGUGUCACUCAAAAACCAAAACAAUAAAAUAUUUUGAGACCCUUAAUUUAAUUUACUUGAAGAUUGAGCACAUUUACCCCUAAAUUAUUACUGCAU